GACAACCAUGAAAUAAGGCUACGCGCGCGUUUGGGCUGGCAAAUUCCGAUCUGACCGAUUGUGUCAUUGUUCCGAUCGAUGACUUAAAUGAAUGUGCAGCUUCUUGUCGAUGAAAAGGUUUAUUUGACGCACAUUGUUUUGCGGGACUCUUGUCUUUUGCAACGAACCAAGACUAGCUAUUUAAAUAAUCCACGGUUUUCAUUCUGAAAUCAAAUACGAAACAAAUAUAUAACAACAGAGUUCUUGAAUGAAAAAAAAAUGGAAAUGGGAUAGUUACACGGUGUACACCUUGCUCACAGGACUAUUCAUUUCUCCGUCAUGGAAUACUUCAAUCUGUAAAUUCUGAUGUACUUCUAUAUCACGUGCAGGAUGUUAUUUUAUGUUCUCGUUUUCUUGUGCUUUGGAAAAGGUGCUGUUGCAAACUCGUAUUGUGCGCAGGUUUCCUCAACACUUCCGGUUGCCACCAUGUGCAGUGCAUCUUCUGCCACGGGUAGUUAUGUGGUGAUCGAUGUAAUGAACUCUAAUGAGAGGAUGGGAGAGGACGAUCGCUCAUGCACGUGUUACCUUACUCCCAUGACGACUAAAGUGGACGCCUAUUUGUACGUUCUACAUCAGAAUGCUAUACAACCGGGUUACAACGGAUGCGGAAGUAGAGUGGACAUUGUAGUAGGCAGCAAUACCGGUUCUGGGGUGCUCCGGAAUACUUGCUAUCUGGGCGGAUCUAUUCUGCUUAAAAAUAACACCCUAAGUAACAUUACCUACGUAAAGGAAUUUCCACCUUAUGAGGAUAGAUACUGCGUUGGUUUGCAAUCAGAUGACGGUGGUGUGCAGCUUCAGGUACAGUGUUUUGUUCCGGGAGAAGAGAUCCCCUUUCCAACACAACCACCAACUACACUGAAACCAACAACACCGUUUCCAACACAACCAACCACAGCAUCUCCUUCAACAUCAGCUACAUCACCCACACGAACAGAGCCAACGACAGCAUAUCCUUCAAUACCAGCCUCAACAUCCGCCUCAACAACACAACCAACCACAGCAUCUCCUUCAACAUCAGCUACAUCACCAACAACGAUACAGCCAACAACAGCAUCAUCUUCAACACCAGCCUCAACAUUCACCACAACAACACAACCAACAUCAUCUCCUUCAACAGCAGCUACAUCGCCCCACACAGCAGAGCUAACGACAGCAUCAACAUCAACAUCAGCAUCAACAUCCACCAAACCAAUACAGACAACAUCAUCUUCGACAUCCACCACAACAACACAACCAUCAACAUCUCUUUCAACAUCAAACAUAUCAACCAAAUCACAGUCAUCAACGAAAUCUAUUUCAACAGCAACUACUUCCUCAGUAUCCACGGACAUAUCAACAUCGCAAGUUCCACAGACAGAAAGAAUAACAACAACUUCUCCAACAACCAUGUCGACCACGACUGUAAAACAGACAAAAUCAACUGUUCCAUCUAAUGUCAUGCCUAGUACAUCAACUCCAAAUUCCUUAUCAUCAACAACAACAACGACACCAUCAACAUCUACAACAGAAAUUAUCAUGAAAGCAACUACUUCACAUUCAUCAACUCCAAGCACAACACAAUUAAAGCCUACCACUACAUCACCCCCCAAAUUAAAGUCAACAACAGCUGAUACAUCUACAACCAUUGAAAAUCAGACAACAACAGAAUUCAGAACAGUUCAUCCAACAACGAAAUCUAUAUUGAGUACGGAUAGUGAAGAAACUAUUACAACGUUAGCUUCUUCCACACAAUCAUCAUCUGAAACAACCAGCUCAACCCGUUCCAGUUCAACCUCAUUCAGUUCAACUGCAUCCAGUUCAACUCCAACAAUAGAGGAUGAAACAUCGUCAACAUUUACAAAGACUUCAAACACUAUACCUACCACUGAAAUAGAUGGACAUACGACAGAAAACCCAUCAACCACACAGAGUAUGGCGUCUUCUGCUUCAACAAUGGCUAUACAAGAAACUACAAGUACUCAUUCUCCUGAAACAACAAGUCAAUUCGCAGAAACGACGACGACAAUCGAAUUAACUACACCAAUGUCAUCAACAAAAAUAACACCCUAUACCACAGACACAACUCAACCGCCUUCAACAACGAUCACAACAACAGCUAAACCUACAGAGACAUCGAGUACAACAUCUACCAUGAUCAGCACGAUUUCUACAACUACAUCGUCACCAUCAGCAACAACUGGGACGGUUGAAAACAUGUCAUCUGAGACAUCAUCAAGCCCAGAUAUGACAACAACACAAAGUUCAAGUGAAGGAAAACCUGCCCAAAAGACAGACAACAUACCAUUAUCAAUUGUAAUUCCUGUGGCUGUAGGCGGUGUUGUCCUACUCAUAAUCAUUGUUGCAGUCCUCGUGUGUAUCAGGCGUGGCAGCAGGGGUGGGGAGACACUUAUUGGAAUGACCGAGAGACAGAUAAAUGACAAGGCAUCUUACGACAACCCGACGUACGAGGAUUUCUGGUACUCCAACAGCGUCAGCGAGAAAGACGCAGACACAGACUCCAUGAUGCAGGAAAAAGACAGAAGCGAAAGUAUGGAAGAUUUAACUCCGGAAAAAGAGUCGGAACCAGUUAAAGUGGAUGGCGAGACUUGGACUCAUUUAUGACGAAUACAUUUACUUUAGAUCUAGUCCCUGUGCCAAAUAUCCAUUUAUCUGCAAUACGUAAUCCUGACCACUAGAUGUCGCGUAUGAGUGAAUAUAAAUGUAACAAGAAUCGCUUUAAAUCUUUCAAAAUGGAAGUUAUUUGUAUGAAAUAUAUCUUCGGAACUGAGUAUUCACCUGAUAAAGCCGCCCAUACAUUUGUCAUGGACGAUGGAUCAGUGAGAUUCCUAUUACAUGCAUUAGAUCACUUUAAAUAUAGACUGUUUCAGGGGGUCGUCUAAGUGUGGAACUAUGAUACAAUUACUCUCUUGACAUUUUGUUGUGUAAUACAAAAUUUCCUUUAUCUCAAAUCUGCAUGACACGUUUCUCUAAAGGCCUUUGUAGUUUUCAAUCAAAAAAAAAAUUCUUGGAAAAAGUCCAAGUAGUCAGUGUACAUAAUUACCAUAAUGUUGAAUAGAUGUUCAAUUUUCUAUGAAAGUACGUAUAACUUAUUGUUUGUCAUUAUGCAUGCUAGUAUGUAUUCAAAACCAGUCUGUAUUUUUACAUGUGAAUUUGUGAAAUGAUUUAUGACAUUAGAAUUCGGUUUGUGUAUGACACGAGUAUAUCCAUUAUAAUAUUAGAUAUUGGUUUGUGUAUAACGCGAGCAUAUCCAUUGAUCGGUUUGUGUAUGACGCGAGUAUAUCCAUUAUAAUACAUGUAUUAGAGAUCGGUUUGUGUAUGACGCGAGUAUAUCCAUUAUAACAUUAGAGAUAUCCUUGUGUAUAACAUGAGGAUGUCUAUUAAUAUCAUAUACUAAUGUAUGACACGAGUAUAUACCUAUGCAACUACAUUUUUUCGUGUUUCUAACUUCACCAUUCAUUCCGUCCUGAUCAACCUUCAGUAUAUACCGAGGUUUUCGCAUUUAGAGGUUUUUUUUAUUAAAAUCUAAAUUUAGGUUUUUCAAAUGUUGCGAAACUUUUGAAAGCAUCUUGUUCUUUUAAACGCAAUGCAUAACACUCGAAAAGAUUUACAUCGGGUCCAGAGAAGGAGCGGAGUGACAUCUACUACGGGCCUAUACAUACAGUUCUAUGCAAAUACGCAGUACCCCUAAAAUCACCAAUUUUAUUUCUUUUCGUCACUUAGUGUUUUUGAUGUCUUGCGGUGUCCAUGUUAGUUGACGGAUUGUAUUCUGUAUAUUCUGAUCUAGUUUGUUUUAUUGGAACACGGGAGGAAGUGUUGAAUGUGAAAUUUAUUGAUCAUUCAUCUUAUUUAGAAAAUAAAAAGGAUAUGAGGAAGUUUA